UAUUAUUUAUUUUCUCCCUUCUCUCGCGUUCUUUUCUCUUCUUCUUAUAUAUUUUUUUUUUACCUACUCUCCGAAUCCUUUUUCCUUUUCGUUCGAAUGAUUUCGCACGCGAUGAGGUGAAGAAAAGAGAAAUAAAAGGUGGUUAGGAGCACGAAAGACUUUCCUCGAGCGGCAUACAACGAUGCUGGCAAUAAAAGCACUUGUGAUCAUUCUCCCUGUCAUCGUCAUUGCCAAUCCCUUCUUCGAUGUUGUUCAAGAGAUGUCCUGCUGUUCGCUGGCUGCCGGAUCCUGUCGAAGCGUUUGCUCGAAGAUUCCAUUGGUAACUUUGGGAGCAGACCGUGAAGCAAGAGAAAAUGCAACUUCACGUUUCUUAGAAUUCUGUUCCGCCGAGUUGAUAGAUUUUUGGUCCUGCGUUAACUCCACCCUUGAGGAAGUGAAGAAAAAUGAAAAUUGGACAGGUAGAAGAUGUUGUCAUUUGGCACAAAAUCCAAUAUGUCAGUCGACUUGUGCCCUGUCAGGAUCCAGAAGUAACUUGAGUGAAUCAUGUAGACUUAGCGACGAGCCGGAACUCAUUUCUUGUUUGGAAAGACGCGAAGAAGCAGAACGUUGUUGCAGUACCGUUUCCAAUGACACGUGUAGAUCAGUUUGCAAGGAUUUAUUCCACAAACCUGGAAAACGAUCGAGUUUGAAGUUAUAUAGUAGCAAGGGUUGUUUUCAUCAAAUACCAAAGUGUCUUAAAAGCGUAGCUGAAGUUAAGCGCGUCGACGAUCCUAAACAAUAUUUGCAUUGUUGCGACGAAGCGACGAAUGCGGCAUGUUCAGAUACAUGUCGGAAAAUUCUUCAAACAGCAACGACCGAUCAGGAAAUUUUGGACGCUCUUGCAGAAAAGUGCAGUCCCAUAUUGCCUCAUUCACCGUUGUGGAGUUGCGUAUUGAAGUCAACACCAACGAAACCAAUACGUUUACCAUUGGACACUGGUAAACUUUCCUGUUGUUCAAGAGCAACUAGACAACGUUGUCAAAAUCUUUGCUGGAGGGCAUUUCAAGCCGAUUGGGAGACAGCUUGGUCUCAACUAGAUUCCGAGUGUCUUUCUUCAAACUUGGAUAGCGAAUUACGAAGAUGUCUCGAUGAAACUGAUAAUUCUUGUGAAAUGGGAUGCUCUGGUCUUUCUUAUUGUGCACGAUUUAACGACAGACCGACUACUCUGUUCAGGACGUGCACAGCUGCAGCAGACGAUGCUGCCAAGUGGGAGGCAGAUCAUUGGUCUCACGGUGGUAUCAUUCGAGGACUUGGCGUUGCUGUCCAAGUAGCAUCAUCCUGUCCACCAGAAACUUUACGCGCUGCAGCAUGUCUUUUGCAAUUACGACCUUGUGAGGCAAGAAUACACGAGACACGACUCUGUCGAGAGGACUGUUUGGAAUUAAUGGCUAGUUGUGUAGACUGGUCUACUAUCACAGGAUCUCACACGGCUGCUACUUUAUGUUCGAAGCUUUCACCAGGAAGACCAGAUGCUCCAUGUGUUUCUUUAAAGCCUUUUCUUGAGAAUCCACGGGACGACAAUUCUGUUGUUAAUCCGCAGGACGAUAUUACAACACCAUGUAAAAAUAAUCCUUGCCCUCAAGGUCAAAUAUGUCUUUUGACCGUAAACGAACGUGAAACUCAUCGUUGCGUACCUGGCUGCACUCUGGGAGAGAUAUCGAAGCAAGUUGUACCACUUUUUUCGUGGGUUCAAAUUCCAAGAUACGAUCAACAUGGUUGUCUCAGGAUAUGUCAAUGCACAUUACAAGGAUUGGAGAAAUGUAAAACCUUGAAUUGCAUCAAUUUCGAAUUCUGUUGGGUACAAGAUCGUUUUAUUCCACCAAGAUUGAACUUUUAUCUCGAGUGUAAUCUUUGUCGUUGUUUCGAGGGAGAAGUUACUUGCUCGAGAAAAUCAUGCACUGAAAUUAAGAUACCUUCUUUACCAUGCGAUUGUCCGGCUCAUUAUGUACCAGUUUGUGGAAAGUCAGGCUACACUUUUGCAUCGGCGUGUUUAGCUAAGUGCGCUGGUUUUACCGCAAACGAGGUUGACUUUGGAAGAUGUUCCAGCCGGGAUCCAUGUUCUCCAAAUCCUUGUAACGUUACAGAUAAAUGCGUAAGAAGGCGUAGAGUUUGUUUAACAUCGAUUCACAAAUUUUGUAAACAAUACGAGUGCGUACCAAUAGAUUGCAAUCCUCGAGAAGAAACUAGUGGUCCAGUUUGCGACAAAGACAACCGUCAGCAUCAUUCGAUUUGUGCUAUGAUACGAGCUGGGGCUAGUCUUGGCUAUAGAUCUCCUUGUUUGAAGAGUUGCAGUCUUCGGGGACCGGUUUGCGGUAUCGACGGUGAAAUAUACAUCAAUGAAUGUGCUGCCUGGGCAGAGAAAACUGUUGUAGAUUAUUAUGGUCCAUGUGUCACCGUUGGUUUGAUAAGUGAUCAAGCUAAGCCUCGAUGCGGUGAUAUUGUUCAAUGUCCACCUUUGAAGGAGGCUAAUUGUAUCGGUGUUACUCCACCUGGUGCUUGUUGUCCUGUAUGUGGCGGAGCUGCAAGAUUAUAUUAUUCAAAAAAACAGUUGGAUAAAAUAUAUCACGUGAUGGACGAAGAAAUUGAUAAAGACUUCGUCACGUUGGAUGCUCUUUUAUCUGCAUUAAGACGACAAGUACAAGUAGCACAAUGUGCAGUUCGCGGUAUGGUAACUCUCGAGGGUGACAUUUUCGUUGUAGUACAAUCUGUGCUUGAAAAACCUUCGUCUUUACAAUUACGAGCUUGCGUAGCGGAAAUGGAAAAGCUUGUUGUUAGAAUCACGGAGAGAAGUUCUAAAAUUGCAGCAGAAGUUCCUCUGGGAUCGCUUACUCGAGCAGAAUUGGCACAUAAUCAUAUUUCUAGUGCUAACGUUAAUCGUGUUUGGUUUCCUAUAAUCUCGUGCACGAUCAUAUUCAGUAUUUUUACAUGAGCGAUUAGAAAAUAACAAAAGCACACACAGAAAAUAAGAAAAAUUGUAUUAAUUUCUGUUACGAUUUACGUACCUUCGAAUGAACAGGAUAUGAUGUUACUUAUAAAUUUAUAGCUGAAGACGAUCUUAGAAAGGUUUAUUAGACAAGGAAUUCUAAUCAUUUUCUUUUGCAUAUGCAUUAGAAAUAUAGUAGAAUAUUUAUUCUAUAUGUUUGAAAUAUUUCUGAUUCGAUUACAUUAGUAAAUUUACAAAAGUAAAUGACGGAUUCUGAUCCCUUUCUUGAAUCGUUCAAGGUGCUAAGCAUUUACAUUACCUAGUGACGGUGCCAUAUAUGACAACGUCAAUCUUGUGUCUGUGAUUCUUCUAGUGCCUAUAUAUAUUUAUAAUACGUUAUGGUAUAGAAUGUAUGGUUUUUUAAUUCUAGUAUUACCAAAGAAAUAGAAUUGCGAUAAAGAGAAUGUACAAAAACGCGGUUUACUAUGAUGCAGAGAAUUUUUUGACCGAUAUCGCGUUGUACUAUAUUAAGUGUACAUAAACAACAGUUUCUAAAUUAAGUUACCAGACAAUAAGUAACCUGACAUUUAGUCGUUCUUAAAAAUGUUCGAUACUCAUUUCGUGUUCAAUAUAUAAUAUACCCAACAUGAUUUUUAUAUUUUCAUAAAAUCAAAAUAUACAAAAUCUUUGCAUUGUCCUUGUUUGUUUUUGUUUUUACCACUUUCUGGCAGUUUAGAUCAAUAAAAUUAUUAUAAAUGUUACUUAUUAAGUUAUUAAGAAUAAUUUGUUAUUAUAUUGAUAAAUACACACAAACUUUGUAUGGAUAUUUGAUUUUAUCUGUAUGUAUAAUAAAAUUUCUAAUCUUUUUGUUCUUCAA